AUGGAAUAUUCGCCUCUGCCUGAUACGCCCACACAGCUUGCUUCGAUGAUGCUCAACCUCGAGUACGCUUCCCCAAGCGAGCUAAGAUGGUGGAAAGCCAUUGUGGCGCCUGAACGCGGAUGGUUCACCGCAGAGUCAAAGAUAUCCCCUUGGGCUGUCGUGGUUCGGGACCUAGACGUCAGUAUUGGAGGCAACAACGAGAGCAACCAGCGUCCACCAACAGCGCGGCAAGCAGCUCACUACCUAUCACGGUUCUGUGAGGCUUAUGACCUGGGCUCCCAGUGUUCGGCUGCCUUUGCUGCAGCUCUGACCAUCCCACUUCAUGCCAGUGUAAACUCUUUCGGCCCGGCCCGAAUCGAGUUGCCGAAACCGUCAUUCACCAAUUACCACGGAUUUGCGGAGCCCUCACGAUGCCCGCCAAAUAAGUUUGAUCUGAUCGGCCACUAUAUGACCUUGGGCAUGUGUCCAUGGGUCUUGGGUCUUUCGCUUUGCAGCGUGUUUUGGAGUCCAGAUGUUCCAUGCAACCACGCUGGAGCCUGGAUAAAGCCAAUUACUGAUAUCUUGGAGCCCAUUAUCCAGAACAACGAUAUGGAGCUACUUUAUAGAGUUAUUUCGUUCAGUCCAAUGUCGCCGCUAUGGCUCGGACUUGCUAUCUGUGGCCGCAGGACAGUUAUCAACUGCAUUCUGCGAUCCUUGACCAAGCCACACGAUUAUCCCUUCUCUCGCCCAAAUAUCGACGCUGCGGAAUGGACAGGCAUGGCCCAGUCCUUCAUGGAUUUUAGGCUAUCAGGUCCUUAUGCCAACGGCAUGGUUCCGAGAGCGGACGUGUGGCGGAUGCCACAUGACUUUUCAUACCUCUACUCUUACGAGACCUUUUCCACCGCUCCACCCUAUGGAUGA